GCUGCGCCUCUUCUCUUGGGGCGCUCUUCCCCUUGAUCGACCGUCGCAUCCCGCUCAACUUGGGACAGUGGCCGUUUGGUGUUGAAUGUUUCCCUCCGAGAGCGCAUGGCUGGAGAAGCGAGGCGCGGGUCGGGACCCCGAGGGGCCGCCGUCCGGGAGGCGGUGAUGCUGCUGCUGUGCCUGGGGGUCCCGACCGGGCGCCCCUACAACUUGGACACCGAGAGCGCGCUGCUCUACGAGGGCCCCCCCAACACCCUGUUCGGCUACUCGGUGGUGCUGCACAGCCAUGGGGCGAACCGAUGGCUCGUGGUGGGGGCGCCCACGGCCAACUGGCUUGCCAAUGCUUCUGUGGUCAAUCCCGGGGCGAUUUACAGAUGCCGGAUCGGAAAGAAUCCAGACCGGACGUGCGAACAGCUCCAGCUGGGUAGCCCCAGUGGAGAACCUUGUGGAAAGACUUGUUUGGAAGAAAGAGACAAUCAAUGGUUGGGGGUCACGCUUUCCAGACAGCCAGGAGAAAAUGGAUCCAUCGUGACUUGUGGGCAUAGAUGGAAAAAUAUAUUUUACAUAAAGAAUGAAAAUAAACUCCCCACGGGUGUUUGCUAUGGAAUGCCCUCUGAUUUACGAGCAGAACUAAGUAAAAGAAUAGCUCCAUGUUACCAAGAUUUUGUGAAAAAAUUUGGUGAAAAUUUUGCAUCAUGUCAAGCUGGAAUAUCUAGUUUUUACACAGAGGAUUUAAUUGUGAUGGGAGCCCCAGGAUCAUCUUAUUGGACUGGCUCUCUUUUCGUCUACAAUAUAACUACAAAUAAAUACAAGGCUUUUUUAGACAAAGAAAAUCAAGUAAAAUUUGGAAGUUAUUUAGGAUACUCAGUUGGAGCCGGUCAUUUUCGGAGUCAGCAUACUACUGAAGUAGUUGGAGGGGCCCCUCAGCAUGAACAGAUUGGUAAAGCAUACAUAUUCAGCAUUGACGCAAAAGAACUAAAUAUCUUACAUGAAAUGAAAGGUAAAAAGCUUGGCUCUUAUUUUGGAGCUUCUGUCUGUGCCGUGGACCUCAACGCAGAUGGCUUCUCAGACCUUCUCGUGGGAGCGCCCAUGCAGAGCGUCAUCAGAGAGGAGGGGAGAGUGUUCGUGUACAUCAACUCUGGCUCGGGAGCGGUAAUGAAUGAAAUGGAAACAGAGCUCACUGGAAGCGACAAAUAUGCUGCAAGAUUUGGAGAAUCUAUAGUUAAUCUUGGCGACAUUGAUAAUGAUGGCUUUGAAGAUAUUGCUAUUGGAGCUCCACAAGAAGAUGACCUGCGAGGUGCUAUUUACAUUUACAACGGCCGAGCAGAGGGGAUCUCAUCAGCCUUCUCACAGAGAAUCGAAGGACUUCAAAUCAGCAAGUCAUUAAGUAUGUUUGGACAGUCCAUAUCUGGACAAAUUGAUGCAGACAAUAAUGGCUAUGUAGAUGUAGCAGUUGGUGCUUUUCGGUCUGAUUCUGCUGUGGUGCUAAGGACAAGACCUGUAGUGAUUGUUGAAGCUUCUUUAAACCAUCCUGAGUCAGUUAAUAGAACGAAUUUUGACUGUAUUGAAAAUGGAUUGCCUUCUGUGUGCAUGGAUCUGAAACUCUGUUUCUCAUACAAGGGCAAAGAGGUUCCAGGUUAUAUUGUUUUGUUUUAUAACAUGAGUCUGGAUGUGAACCGAAAGGCGGAGUCUCCAUCGAGAUUUUACUUUUCUUCAAAUGGAACCUCUGAUGUGAUUACAGGAAGCAUGAAAGUAUCAAGCAGAGCGGCUAACUGCAGAACCCAUCAAGCAUUUAUGCGGAAAGAUGUGCGGGACAUCCUCACCCCAAUUCAGAUCAAAGCUGCUUACCACCUUGGGCAUCACGUCAUCAGUAAACGAAGCACAGAGGAAUUCCCGCCCCUUCAGCCAAUUCUUCAGCAGAAGAGAGAAAAGGAUGUGAUUGAAAAAACAAUAAACUUUGCAAGGUUUUGUGCCCAUGAAAAUUGUUCUGCAGAUUUACAGCUUUCUGCAAAAAUUGGAUUUUUGAAGCCACAUGAAAAUAAAACCUAUCUUGCUGUUGGAAAUAUGAAGACGUUAAUGUUGAAUGUGUCCUUGUUUAAUGCUGGAGACGAUGCAUAUGAAACGACUCUGCAUAUCAAACUACCCACUGGUCUUUAUUUCAUUAAAAUUUUAGAUCUGGAAGAGAAACAAAUAAACUGUGAAGUCACAGACAGCUCUGGCAUAGUAAAACUUGACUGCAAUGUUGGUUAUAUAUAUGUAGAUCAUCUCUCAAGGAUAGACGUUAGCUUUCUCCUGGAUGCGAGUUCGCUCAGCAGAGCAGAAGAGGAUCUCAACAUCACAGUGCAUGCCGCCUGUGAAAAUGAAGGGGAAAUGGACGAUCUGAAGAGUAACAAAGUGACUUUAGCAAUACCUCUCAAAUAUGAAGUCAUGCUAGCUGUUCAUGGGUUUGUAAGCCCAACUUCUUUUGUGUAUGGAUCAGUGGAGGAAAAUGAGCCUGGAACAUGCAUGGCAGAGAAAAUGAACCUCACUUUCCAUGUUAUCAACACUGGCUAUAGCAUGGCUCCAAAUGUUAGUGUGGAAAUAAUGGUACCAAAUUCUUUUAUCCCCCAAACCAACAAGCUGUUCAACAUUUUGGACGUCCAGACUACUACUGGAGAAUGCCAUUUUGAAAAUUAUGAAAGCAAUUGUGUGUCAGAGCAGCAAAAAGGUGCAUUGGAGACCCUAAAAGACAUAUUUAGAUUCUUGUCAAAGACUGAUAAGAGGCUAUUGUACUGCAUGAAAGCUGAUCCAAACUGUUUAAAUUUCUUAUGCAAUUUUGGGAAAAUGGAAAGUGGAAAAGAAGCCAGUGUUCAUGUUCAGCUGGAAGGCCGGCCAUCCAUUUUAGAAAUGGAUGAGACUUCAGCACUGAAGUUUGAAAUAAGAGCGACAGCGUUUCCAGAGCCAAAUCCAAGAGUUAUUGAACUAAACAAGGAUGAGAAUGUUGCGCAUGUUCUCCUCGAAGGACUACAUCAUCAGAGACCCAAACGUCAUUUCACUAUAGCGAUUAUUUCAAGUAGCUUGCUACUUGGACUUAUUUUACUUUUAUUCAUUUCAUAUGUCAUGUGGAAGGUUGGCUUCUUUAAAAGACAGUACAAAUCCAUCCUACAAGAAGAAAACCGAAGAGACAGUUGGAGUUACGUGAACAGUAAAAGCAAUGAUGAUGAUUAAAGACUUCUUUCAAAUUGAGAG